AGGGAUGAUGGGUGGGUGGUGGCCAUUAAUAUAUUUCAGCGAAAUGACGUAUGUAUAUGCAUAAUAAGUAAUACAGUGGCUCGCUUUAAGCGUAAUUCUGCUUAACAUGUUUCUGCGAUAAGAGGCCUGGAAGGGAAAUGGAGCAUCUUCAUUUGCAUCUUAGGCUCUCAAGGGGCACGUACCGUAUUUAUGGAUAAGCCUUAUUCGCUCCUGGGAUAAAGUAAGGAUCGGAGCAUGAAUCUUCUCCUGAUCCAUUUCCUUGGACGACUGAUUCUAUACUCCUUUUGUUGCGAGUACUACUCGAAAUAAAAAAAAAGUUUUCCGUGUCUGUGCAGUUAAAGCAAAGAUGUGAUUGUGAGAAAUACAAUUUGAUCAAAGUUCGUUGAUAAGAUAAACUUCCUCGGUGGCAGCACUAUUAAAUGCAACAUGUUCCCCGAAGCAGGAGCAGUAGUUUUCAUUGUGAUACUUUUUAGUGGCGUGCAUGGUGGGACUCUGCUUGCACCUCCGCAUUCUCCCGUGAAAGUUUUAGCUGCAGCGGGCAUCGAGCCAGUGGAUAAACUCAGGUAUUACACUUUUAGUGAGGAGGAAGAUGUCAAAAAUAGAGAAAGAGACAGAGGAGCAGCAUCUCCCUCGGGAUCGAGUCAUCCCUACUCGUCCAAAGAUCCCUUUGAAAUCCCGUCGCUCUCUGCAAUUGCGGAAAUGAUGAGGAGAUCAGAGAAGGAGAGAGGUCGGGAUGCAGGACGAGACAGCUUCAGGGAGCGAGGCGGGUAUGAUGAUGAUGCUGGAGGUGAUCACAACAUCGGAAACAGACCGGAACACCGCUUCAUUGAGAGUGAUGAUCGUCGUGAUGGUGGUGACACGGGUUGGGGCUGGCCAAGGCCAGGGUCACGACCGGAUGAUCGGGAUAGAAAUGAUGACGAAGGGGGACGAGGUGGUGGUGGUGGUGGUUGGUCAUCGAAGGGUUCGACAUGGACACAACCACUGCCGAGACCUCCGCCACCAACGUCCGCUCCUGGCGGGUGGGGUUGGAAAACGACGACACCACUCCCUCCACGAGAUGGGUGGGGUUGGAAAGGUGGUAAUUCUGAGGAUGACGACUAUCCUUCCCGUCCCUCAUAUGGAAAGGGGUCUUAUAGUCCGGUAGACAGUAAGGACGCUUUUAGACCGUGGCAGAUCGAGUCUGGUAAUGAUGGAGGUGGUGGAGAUAAUCAUGGGUGGGGUCCCCCAACGACGGAAAAACCAAGGUAUACUCCAAAGUAUUUAGCAAGUGAUGAAGACAAAUACAAACCAAUUCGAUAUCCACCUUCGAUAACUGGUGGUGGCAGUGGCUGGUCACACUCUGGCUCUGAGACUGCUGGUAAUAAGCCAGUUUGGCCGAGUAAAAAUAAUCAGGAUGGAUGGGACAGCAGCAACAACAAUAGGCCACCACCACCCCCACUUGAUGGCCCCGGAUCACACUAUUUACCACCGAACCGUGACCCUCCUUUGAGAGAUCCUCCAAAAUGGCCCUCCAAUUCUAACGACGACCGCGGUGGUGAUAAUAAUAGAAAUGGUUGGGGCCCGUCUACCCCGUCUCCGUGGGGAGAAAAUGAGCGUCCACCCAAUCGAGGAUGGGAGUCGUCCCGACCUCGUCCAACGGCUUGGCCUAGUCGAGACGAUGAGCAGACAGGAGGCGGUGGAGGAUCUAAAGGCUGGUCAAGCUGGGACAGAAAUCCUCCCAUCAGACCACACCCACCCCCAACACCAGGCUGGAGUUCACCCCGCGACAAUCCCAGGCAACCAGGUCCUUUCGAAUACAAAGCUGGCAUUGACGACCUGACCAAAUACCUGCCUCCAAUCGAGACCUACGAGAAGGCGGAAUAUCCCCCCGGAUGGUCUCGAGAUCGACGCCCUUACUCCUCAAAGUUUGACAACUCCGUCGAAGACGAUUCCUUCCCCCGAGCCCCCAACCAUUACCGCAUCGUUGCAGAGACCCCAUCACCAGAAGAAAUUCAUAAAAUUCUACACCAGAAACCAACUCAAGAACCAAAAAUUUCAAAAACAUAUCUUCCCCCAAAGUUUCCCAGCAAUAAUAACAAAGCUCAGUCUGCCGGAAAUGAGGGGUGGAGUCAAUCAAAACCUGGCCGAAAUGGGCAUAAUAAUAACAGCGAGAACAAACGCAAGCUGGAAGAGGACAAGGAGAAAUGGUACAAGGAAAAUUUUCAAAAGAUUCCACUUCCCAGCAUUAAUAUUAACGAGCCUGAACCAGAGGGUACCAGCCCAUCACCGAAAUCAGGAAAGAAAGGCGAUUCCGAUUCUAAAUCAAACCAUCCGGAUUUAUCACCCGAUACGUCACUUGAUGGAAACGGUAAACCCACUGUUAAGCGAACCAGAUACGACGCGCAAGGCUUCAAGUACAUCCCGUACGACCAUCCCGCAUCAAAAAAGAUCCAAUCUCAACAACCCAGAGACAUUUAUUCCAGGGACGACGGUGAAAGAGACUCUUUUAAGCGUGCAGUAAUAGAGAGAAUCAAGGAAAAGUCAGAGCAGCAAAAGCAAGCUGGAGGAUUAUCGGGAGCAGCGAGUAAUAAACAGGAAGUUGCGACAACUCGGUUGCAGGGGAGUGAAAGUCGAACCUCGUUCGUCCGUCGUACACUCACCAGCCGAAGUCACAUUCCUUUGUGGAAAUCUGAUGACCGUCCGUCCUCCUCGUCAACCACGCAGGCAACGACGAUAACGAGAAGGACUUUUGUGACGAGAACGACGCACAUUCCGAAUAAGCCGGACCCCGAGAAAGUGGAAGAUUUUGGGAGAAAAAUUAACAUAAUUAGAAACCGGACCCUAAUUAAGAGAGAACAGGGUGGUUUCAAACCUGUCUCGGGACCGUUUGGGCCAGGUUCUGCGAAAGCUCGAGUAGUACGGAAAAGUGAAGCACUUGUGGUGGAACCUAAAUCUGAGACUUCCAACCUAACGAAUGUCACAUCCACCACGGAUUUACCCUCGACGACAUCGCCACUUGCAGAAGUAGUUUUACCGUCAGAAGAAGAAUCGAAUUCCACUGAAUCAUGUUCAACGGGAUCAUGUUUACAGAUCACUACCACCACCUUGCCCACGCCACCACCAAAUCCCUCCAGCAGCACCACUACCACCCCCACAAAACCCACCAGUGCACCUAAACAACCUUAACUAUAGGUUCAAAAUAUUUAUCACCUCUAAAUUUUGCAAAGCAUCAAUGAUCAUCAUCCCUGAUUGUAAAUAUUUCAAUAAUGUACAUACAUAAAUUUUUACCUUUAACGACGCAAUAAAUAUAACAAAUAGGACUGGUA